AUGGAUACGAUAGAGGCUCGACCCCAGCCGGCCUCGGCCCCACGGGCUCCCCGCAUCACCAACGCCUGUGAAGCCUGUAGGGCCGCUAAGGUCAAGUGCCAGGCAAGCACCCAGCUGGGAAUCUGCAAGAGACCCAACCCCCCAACAACCUCCACCACCUCCACCACCUCCCCGCUCGCACCCCCCCGCCCGCCUCCCCCGGGCCCCUCCAAGACCUUCACCAUCGACAUCCCCAUGUCCCCCGAGGACGACAUCGCCGACUCCAUGGAAGCCCUCCGCCUGACCCACGAAAUGGGCAUCGACGCGCUCGUGCCCAACGUCUCCGAGGGCGACGACGACGCCGACUAUUACGACUACGACGAGCACCCCGACCACGAGAUGGGCGACUACGACUGGCUCGACCAGGCCUCGGUGUCGGGCGUGGGGUCGGUCCUGUCGGGCGCGUCGUCCUUGCCGGUCGGUGCGUCCGCGCUCUCGACACCGCCGAGUUCCGCGUAUCAGCAGCAGGGCCAGCAGCAGCAGGGGCAGGGUUUGUCUGGGGGGCAGUCGCAGUCGCAGGGUGAGGGGGCCAAGGGCAAGUCGAGGACGCUGGCGAGUUUGAGGCUGCAGCCGCAGUUUAAUUUGGAUUCGGCGGGGAAGUUGCUGGAGACGUUUCGUGGGGAGAUGAUGAGCCAUUUUCAUUGUGUGGUGCUGAGGGAGGAGGAGACGGUGGCAGGUAUGGCCAAGGACCGGCCGUUUGUGCUGUUGGCAAUCCUGGCCGCGGCGAGUGGCAGCAGUACGCUGCAGGGGCAUAGUUUGUAUGAUGAGGAGUUUCGCAAGAUUCUGGGGUUGAAGUUCGUGGCUGGGGGGGAGAGGACCAUCGAGCUGCUUCAGGGGCUGGUGAUUUAUAUCGCUUGGUGGGUUUGCCCCCCGACCCGUGGUUUACAAAGUAUCACGCGCGCUGACAAACGCCGCCUCCACCUGAGACCGCUCCUCCUCCCCUCAGCUACACGAGAAUACAACUCCCCGCUGCAGCGACCUCCUCGAGCAACACAGCCCGCUCCCCGGCGACCACACGCUGACCUGACAAAGCGCGCCUCGAGCGGCUCAUCGAAGAGACCAACGACCUGCGACGCACGCAGCGCGGGCGCUCCCAGAGCGACUGGCGCCGGCGCUGGAUGGGUCGGCGGCGUUCGCGCCGAUCCGUGCGUUGGGGGAUGGGGUGGGCCCGCGCUGCAUGAGAGUGCGGUAAGAGUGGUGUUGGGGCUGGCGCCGCGCGAGUUUAAUGCGUUUAUUGGCGUGGAGUGGGGCGCGUUGAUCUUGUCGAUUAUUUUGGGGUUUCGCAUGUCGUUUCCGCUGUUGGUUUGUCCGGAGUGGGAUGAUGGCGCGGCGCGCGGGGUGGUGAGGUUUGAGGAGUAUAUCACGCGGUUUUGUCGUCUGGGGGAAGGCGCUGGUGGUGAGGUGCGCGCGAUCCCGCCCCCCGCGGUACCGGGGGUCGGCGUGGUGCCGGGUGCGGCGGCGGGCCAGGCGAAGAGUAUGGAUGUGUUGAGCGCGAGUCGGAUUGUGUUGGAUAUGGUGAAGCGGAAGUUUAUGAGGCGGCUGGUGAAGCUGGAGGGGACGCGGAAGAGGCAGCAGGAGGAAGAGGAGAAGCAGGGACAAGAGGCGCUUCUGGCGGCGGCGGCGGCGGCGGCGGCGGCGGCAGCACCUCACCCGAUUUCGGUGCCUACGACAUCUGGGUCUACAUCUGGUAGGGUGGGGAGGGGGGCGCCGGUUCACGAUUCCGCUACUAGUGGGUGUCCCAUGAUGGACGGCAGUCUGGAGCCGUAUUACCCGUAUUGGGACGAGACUUUCAACAACGGUCUAGCUGCUACUAGCAGCGCCUUUGUUGCUGAAGCGCAGGGAGGAGGGCAAGGGACGGGAGCUGCCGCCCCUCCAGAGCCUGGGAGUGUGGAAUUGCCGGAUGACUUGUGGACGGCUAUGACCAUGGGGUGGGCGCAGGGCGAUAUAAACUUUGACGCUGUGUGA